AUGCAUAUGAAAUCAUCAAAUCCUCUUGUUGUAGUUGGUGGAAAUGAUCUCAGGACUCUUUACACUCUGGUGAUGGUGAACCCCGAUUCACCAAACCCUUGUCAUCCUCAUAUGAGAGAAUACCUUAACUGGAUGGUAACUAAUAUUCCAGCUACUACAGGGACAACAUUUGGACAAGAGAUAGUGAGCUAUGAAAGUCCAAGACCAACAUCAGGAGUUCAUCGUAUGAUAUUUGUGCUAUUUCAACAACAAUGUAGACGCACUAUAUUACCACCUGGAUGGCUACAGAAUUUCAUUACUAGAGAUUUUGCAGAAAUUUAUAAUCUUGGAUCACCUGUUUCUGCUAUCUAUUUCAACUGUCAAAGAGAAAAUGGAUGUGGUGGAAGGAGGAUGAUCAAAUAA